GAGAUAAAACAACGGACGACAAGACAUCGCUAACACUAUAUCUUUAACCAUUGUGUUCGCUACCUGCUUCCUACAGACCAGUCAGUUUCCGACACACGGUCAAAAUGGUCACAAUAUUUGUUCUCCUGUCGUGUGCUGCUUUCGUUGCAGCGGAACAUUCUGGAGCGUAUUCAUCACCACAGUACGCCAAGAAAUUGUAUCCGAAGAAAAGCUAUGAUACAAGCAUGCUAUUGCCAGUGGACAAGCCGCCUAUUCCGUUUAAAGGUAGUGAUUACCCAAACCAAGAGAGUCAGAGCCAGGAGUCUAUCGCGAGGUUUGAUAGUGGCAAUGACACUUUAAUGCAUCGAUCGAGUUUCCUAGAAUCUGCUAAUAACUUCUUUAGUAGUACCGGAGGUCAAGUGGUGACGAGCAUUGCUAAGGACUUCAUCGCCAGGUCGACUGGAAGCAGCCAGGUUGGUUUUGACUGCGUAUCUCAGGUAUUAAGUCUAAAUCUAACGAACCUGGUCAUUCUCAUAGUGCUGAAGGCGUUGAUAUUAGCUGCUGGAUUCUUUGGCGCCGGCGCUUGGAAGGGCGGUCAUCAUUACGGAAGAAGUCUCGAAGACAACAAGAACGCCUCAUACAUCUCUGAAGACGAGAUCCUUCUGUACCUGAGCUACUUAGCCGGCCAGCAGAAUAAGAACUACGACUGUCUAUAUCUUCUAUCGUGCCAGAGGCCAGAACAAGCGGCAAUGUAUUCUUCGGGAGCCGAACUACUUUUACAAGGAACGAAAUUAUUUCACGGUAACAACAUCGACCUUGAACCAUAUGAAGACGUGGCAGCUGGGAUCAAGCAGGCUGCCGCAUGGGGGGAGCAACGCUUGCCUUGUGACACCAGAUAUCGAUGUGGAAAAUCCGUAUAAGUAACCGUGCCUAGAUUUAGAUAAUUACAGUAUUGACUGAUUAGUAACAAAUAAACUUAAAAUUAUUCAAACACGUUACUGUGAAUCAAAUAAAUUAAAAAAGGUCUAAUUAUCCAUUCAUCAAAUGAAGGUUAUUUGCUAAUUAAUAACCUGACAGAAUGUAACAAUUAAAUAUUUAUUUUUCAUUAAUUAAAGUCUAAUUUACAAUGUAGUGUUUCAUGUUAUAAAUAACUUUAUCUGAUGAUUUAAAAACCUGACCCGAUUUAUUACUUGUAAUUAAUAUUUUCUUUACGCCAAAUAAACCUUACAACCAUUUUGUAAACUAGAAUAUAAUGUAAAAAUAUAUUAAAACCGUAACUGCUCAAAUAAAGUGUUUUAAGUAAUCAAUUUAAAGCUUAAAAUUAAGUGAAGUGUAUUUUUAAUUUAUAUUAACAAGUAAUAAUGUAAGACAGUACACUAACUCCAAAUAAAUAAAAUAAUACUGUUAAA